AUGGCUGGCAGCAACUUUCGAGUCGUCAUCGUCGGCGGCAGCAUUUCAGGCCUUUCUCUGGCUUUGAUGCUCGAGAAAAACGGCAUCGACUUUGUCGUGCUCGAAGCCUACCCGGCGAUAGCCCCGCAGCUAGGCGCCAGCAUAGCCCUGCUCCCCAAUGGAUUCCGCAUCGUGGACCAGCUCGGCUGUUACGAGGAUAUUUUGAAGUGUGGCCAGUAUCCUGUCGACGAUUUUUUGAUCCAUGACGCCAACGGAAAGCUCCUUGUGGGCGCCAGAAACCUGCGACACGAGGUUGUGGAACGACAACUCGUGCAGAUCCUUUACGAUCACAUCAAGAACAAGGACAAGGUCUUGACCUCUAAGCGCGUGAAAAGUGUCGAGGAGAAUGACGAAGGAGUCACCGUGACUACUGAAGAUGGCUCUGUCUUCAAGGGUGACCUUGCCGUUGGUGCUGACGGCAUGCACAGCGCACUCAGGGGGGAAAUCGAGAGAAAGGCUUCCAAGCCUAUUGAUCUCAGGACAGAUACUCUUCCCGCGGAUUACGGAGGAGUCUUUGGAAUCUCCGAGGGUGAUUUGAAAAGCCCAAAAGGAUCGGUCAUAAUCGCCACCAGGAAAAACUCAAGUCUCUUUGUUGCCUCAGGUCCAGACAACAGGACUUACUGGUGCGUUUUCUUCAAACUUGACAAGAGAUAUUACGGGAACGAUACGCCAUGCCACGGAGAGAAGGCAGAAGAAUACUUCUCAAAGAAGUACUGGGAUCAUCCAAUCACGGAGGACUUCAGAUACUCCGAUGUCCGCAAGGCUGCCAUAGCCUCAGUGUGCACACCCCUGCACGAAUACAUCAUCGAGAACUGGCACUCGAAUAGGUGCAUCAUCAUUGGAGAUUCGGUGCACAAAGUCAACCCUAUUGCGGGGCAAGGUGGCAAUGCCGCUCUCGAGACCUCAGCAGCCCUGACCAACGCUCUUGUGAAAUUGCUCAAGUCCAACAGCUCUGGAAAGAUUCCAAAAGAGAAAUUCGGCGCCAUGUUCGAGGAAAUUCAAGAAUUGCGGAAGCCGAGGACGACCUUCUUGUGCAACGAAUCGACCAAGAUGCAAGAAGUGUACGCUGAGGUUUCGCCAUUUUUCAUGGUACUGAACCGAUACGUUCUGCCACUGAUCGGAGGAGAGCAAAUGCUCAAAAAUCUCUGCAAGGCGUAUCCCCCGGCCGUGUCUGUGGACACGCUUGAAAUCCCAUCGAGACCGAGGUCUGCCCCGUACUUCGAUGAACGCAUUCGCGAGCCCAAACCAAGGAGCACUCUAUUCACUCUACUUGUCAGCACGAUCCUGAUAGGUCUCGGUGGUCUUGGUGCCUACCUGCUGCCUGUGCUGAGCGAUAUCAAUGGAUCCUUCCGGAUCAUCAAGUCAGCUGUGACUACGAGCUAUCUCGCUGAGAUGAACGUUUCACUUCAGUCUUUCGUUGAUGCAGCUCGGUUUCCGGAGCUUGACAAGCUUCUGAAGACUCUCAUCGCUGUAUUCCUUCCGGUAGUAACUGGUACACCCAACUUCGAAAUGAAAAUCCAGGCAGCCUAUUUCCUCCUCGGCUUUUGGGUCCCCAUCUUCUCCAUAAUGGCCGUUGAGGGCUACAGAUGGAGGAACAAAGGGACUUUGCUUUGGAGCCCAAGCUUCUGGAUCGCACUCGCCCAGGUCCUCGGCUUCGGCGUAGUCUUCUUCUUCUACAUCCUCACCGUCUUCGUCAUCUCCCGCGAUCCGACGUACUGGAUGGCCUGCUCGCAAGCCACGCUCGCGCACAACAUCAAAGCCUUCGCCCCCAGCCUCAUACUCAUCUACAUCCUCCCCACCAUCGCCAUGUUCACCCUCCCCACCCACUCGCCCUACCUCCAACCCGCCAUCGCCUUCUGGCAAGGCACCGAGAUCCUCGCCAUGGCCGCCACCUCGCUCCUCUCCCGCACCCCGCUCUUCCCCGCCCCGCCCGCACACCCACCCACCAGCACCGCCACCAAGCCUCCCCCUUUCCUCGCCGCAGGCCCCUUCCACGCGCCGGCGCCCGACCACCUCCGCACCGUGCGCCGCCUCUACAACCACACGGCCGCCUACUCCGCCGCCAUCCACGUCGCCCUCGUCGGGUUCUACUUCUUCCACCCGCACGGCCGGCAGCUGUCACUCCUGUCCACGUUCUUCCCGUCCGCCCAGCAGGUUGCGAGCGUUGAGCAGCUACACGCGCCCGUCGCGACGGUGGCGGAGGGCAUGCGGCUCUUCUUCCAGCUCGACCUGCUGCUCAUGCUGGGUGGCGUGGCGCUGUGGUCCGGCUUGACGCUGUACGACCUGCGGCGCGUGGGCAUGGCGUCGACCGGGGCGGUGGUUAAGCAGGGUGUGUUGGUGUUGGGCGGGUGGGUGGUGUUGGGGCCGGGGGCGGCGACGGCGCUGCUGUGGAGGUGGAGGGAGGAGGUUGUGGGUGGGUUUGUGCCGAGGAGGAUGAAGGUGGAGGUGGAGGAGGAGGGGGUGGAUGUGAAGGGGAGGUCGAGGUGGGGGAUGGGGAAGGGGAAGGGGAGGGAUGAGUGA